GUCCCGCCCCCGGGCCGCGAGGCCUCGCCUCCGGGCGGCUGCUCGGCGAGGGUGCGGUCGUGGGGAGGGAGGUCCGGCCCGGCGCGCUGGCGCUCGCGCUUUCCAUUGCUCAGUCUCCCUCCGCCGAGCGGCGCUGGCCCUGGUCUCUCGUGGCGUGCCGGGCAGCAGAGCGCGAUGAGGCGGGCGGCGCUACGGGGGAGACUUUGGAGAAGCAUGACUUUCUGGAAUAAUAAUAGCUAAAGUUUUUUGAGGACUUGUCAGUGUACUAGGCACAGCUCUAAGGGUUUAAGGCUUUGUACCUUGAACAAGGGACUCCUUACUCCUGCCAGAGGACUGACUCAAGGAUCCCAGAAUCCCGAGAAACAGAAUGUCUUCCACAUUCUUGAAGUUCGGGAUAAGUUGCGGGAGAUAGUGGGAGCAUCCACAAACUGGAGAGACCAUGUGAAAGCAAUGGAGGAAAGAAAAUUACUUCAGAGUUUUCUGGCUAAGUCACAGGAAGGACUGCCACCUAGGAGAAUGAAAGACAGUUACAUCGAAGUUCUCUUGCCUUUGGGCAGUCAGCCUGAAUUACGAGAAAAAUAUUUGACUGUUCAAAACACCGUAAGAUUUGGCAGGAUUCUUGAGGAUCUUGACAGCUUAGGAGUUCUUGUUUGCUACAUGCACACCAGAAUUCAUUCAGCUAAGAUGUCUCCUUUAUCAAUAGUUACAGCCCUGGUGGACAAGAUUGAUUUGUGUAAGAAGAACUUAAGCCCAGAACAGGACAUCAAGUUCAGUGGCCAUGUGAGCUGGGUUGGGAAGACUUCCAUGGAAGUGAAGAUGCGAAUGUUCCAGUUACAUGGCAAUGAAUUUUGUCCUGUUUUGGAUGCAACAUUUGUAAUGGUGGCUCGUGAUUCUGAAAAUAAAGGGCCUGCAUUUGUAAAUCCGCUCAUCCCUGAAAGCCCAGAGGAAGAAGAGCUCUUUAGACAAGGAGAAUUGAACAAGGGGAGAAGGGUUGCCUUCAGCUCCACGUCGUUACUGAAAAUGGCUCCCAGUGCUGAGGAGAGGACGACCAUACAUGAGAUGUUUCUUAGCACGCUGGAUCCAAAGACUAUAAGUUUUCGAAGUCGAAUUUUGCCUCCUAAUGCAAUGUGGAUGGAGAAUUCAAAACUGAAGAGCUUGGAAAUUUGCCACCCUCAGGAGAGGAACAUUUUUAAUCGGAUCUUUGGCGGUUUCCUCAUGAGGAAAGCAUAUGAACUUGGAUGGGCGACUGCUUGUAACUUUGGUGGCUCCCGACCGUUUGUGGUAGCAGUGGAUGAUAUCAUGUUUCAGAAGCCUGUUGAGGUUGGAUCACUGCUGUUUCUUUCUUCGCAGGUGUGCUUUACUCAGGGCAAUUACAUUCAAGUCAGAGUACACAGUGAAGUGGCCUCUCUCCAGAAUAAAGAGCAUACGACCACCAAUGUCUUUCAUUUCACGUUCAUGUCGGAAAAAGAAGUGCCCUUGGUUUGCCCCAGAACAUAUGGAGAGUCCAUGUUGUAUUUAGAUGGGCAGCGGCAUUUCAACUCCAUGAGUGUACCGGUGAACUUGAGAAAGGACUUCCUUGUGGAGCCCUAGGAAAACCGCGCUUGUUGAAGACCAGCACUCCACAGUGACCUAGUCCUGAUGAAGGCCUGACCAAGUGUUUCGGUUUUCGUGUUUAUUCUCAUCCUCCAUAGAGAAGAAUAUAUUCAGCUUUUAGGAUGAUCAGAAACGCAACACAAGAGAGUGGCCAGGUGGGUGGGGCAGAAGGAGAAAGUUAUUAAAUAAUAAAUACUUUUAAAAUCA